AUGGGUUGCUUCCACUCCAGGUCUGAACCAUACGAACCCGAGACUCACCUCGUCCGACAGCCGCAUAGACAAUCAUCAUCACACACCUCUCCCAUGAGCGAGUCCCACCUCCACCACCUUGCCCGGCCAGACCGUUAUGCGACCGGGAUGCGCCCGUCGUUCUACUCUGCCUAUGCCCGCGCGGCGAGGCGGUACGGCUUUGAGGGCGGUAAAUACGGUGGCUUUGCGUUCCGGAACAACGCCGUCGUCAAGCUGGUCGGCACACACGACAGGAGUGCCGACCACGAGGUGCCCGCAGAGGCCAUCCAGAACGAGUAUGUAUAUUACUUAUCCCUUGAAUAUGUUGUGCCCGUGAGCAUCGGGACACCCCCCGUCACGCUCAACUUGGACUUUGAUACGGGCUCGUCGGAUCUGUGGGUAUGGAGCUCGGAGCUUGCAGGAGCUGAGAAGUACAGGCAGCAGCACCGGCUCUACCACCCAGAGCGGUCUGAAACUUCGUCGAAGACGGAUGGCACGUGGAAGAUUUCGUAUGGUGAUGGCUCGUCGGCGUCGGGCGACGUGUAUACGGAUCACGUCAGGGUUGCAGGGGUGCACAUUCAUGGCCAGGCCGUUGAGGUUGCACAGCACCUGAGCAAGAACUUCUUGACAGACGGCGGUAAUGAUGGAUUGUUGGGCCUCGCCUGGCCGUCGAUCAACACUGUGCAGCCUAACGCAGUCGCUACGCCCGUACAGAAUAUGAUUGACAAGAAUCUGAUCAACCCGCCCGUCUUCACGGUGAAAUUGGGGCACAAUGGAGAGUCGAGCUUCUAUUCCUUUGGUCAUAUCGACACGACCGUGACCUCACAUCCGAUCGUAUAUCACCACGUCGAUAACUCGCAGGGCUUCUGGGAAGUGGCUUCGACCGCGUACACGAUCGACCGCAAGCCGAACCGUAGGGCCAAGAACACAGCGAUCCUUGAUACGGGCACGACACUCUGUCUGCUGCAUGACGAUGUCGUCGAGGACAUCUACCACCACAUCUCGGGCUCGCGGUAUAGUAACAGCCGAGGAGGGUGGAUAUACCCCAGUAACGCACAUAUUCCGGAGAUAUCGCUCGCUGUGGGCCACACGAUGUACCGAAUCAACGAAGUAGACUUCGGCUAUAGUGAUGCAGGCCAGGGCUACACGAUGGGCGGAGUCCAGAGCCGCGGAGAUCUCACCUAUGACAUCUUUGGAGACGUAUUUUUGAAGUCGGUGUAUGUCGUAUUUAAUCAGGUCGAGAAGAUGGUAGGGGUUGCGCAGAGGGACGACUAA